CUGGAAAUUGAACACUUCUCAAUCACAACGCUGGGUGUUAUAUGAACAGAUGAAGAUCAUGGGCAGUGGGGCUAGUACCACCACAGAGAGGAGUUCACCCGCUGUUCAAGAUGACAGAAACAUCUCCAGAGCGUUAAGUCUUCGCCAUUUUCAUGGGGUCAUCAAGUCCACUUUGGCAGAACUUCAUAGGCUCUACCUGAACCCAACAGGCAAAGUGUCUGAUGUUCUGAAUGACCUCACACAUCCCGAAUCCUACGAACUUGAACUUCUCAUCAGUGGAUGCAGUACUUCUGAAGCAAAGAGCAUUUCUUCUCAACUAGAGUAUGCUGUUGAAAACAUCAUAUAUGAAGUAACCGGGAUAAUGCCUCCAAAAGGUUUGUUGGGCACAAGUUACAAAUCGUCAGGGAUAUACGAACUGAUAAGGGAGGGCAACACGUUCCCUGAUGGGUAUUUUUUGCAGUGCGAACUG